AUGACCGCUCCCCACGACGUCGCUGCCCACUCGACGCACCCCAUCAACACCACCACCCCAGCCAACCCACCACUCAAAGCCGACGCAACCGCCGCACACCCUCCCCCGCAGAAGCCCGACCCAACUCUCCAGAGCAACGACCAUGCCACCUCCCAAGGAGGACUCUCCACCCCCCAUCCCUCCCCCGCCGCCGAACUCGCCAGUCUUAAGAGCACGCUGAAGGCCUCGCUCCGCCAGUUCCCGGACUUCCCGCAACCGGGAAUCCUGUUCGAGGACAUUAUGCCCAUCUUUGCGAACCCCCAAUUACACGAGGGCCUGGUGCGCUCGCUCGAGCUGGCUGUUUCGCAGCAAUUCGGAUCAGCCGGCAAGCCCGACGUUGUUGUUGGACUGGAUGCGCGGGGCUUCCUCUUUGGACCCAGCCUGGCCCUGAGACUGGGCGCGAGUUUUGUGCCCGUCCGGAAGAGGGGGAAGCUCCCGGGACCGUGCGAGACGGCUGAAUAUCUCAAGGAGUACGGGUCUGAUUUCUUCCAAAUGCAAGCCGAUGCCGUAAAGGCGGGCCAAAAGGUUUUGAUUGUUGACGACAUUAUUGCGACAGGUGGUUCUGCCGCAGCAGCCGGUUUACUCGUGAAGAAACUCGGCGGAGAAACCAUGGGAUAUCUCUUCAUUGACGAAGAGCCCUUCCUCAAGGGUCGCGACAAGCUCGACGCACCCGUAUACACACUGCUUGCGAAACAGGAAGCGCUCAAGCAGUAA